GAAGCAGCCACUUCAGUCAGAAUGGAUGUGGCUCUGUGAAGGCUUACGAGAAGCCAUGCUGGGGGUCGCGGGGAGACACUGGCUUUGCUUUCUCUUCUUUUCACUGCCUGUCCUAGAGCUGCUGGCGGCUCAGGAUCCGAGAUGGAGAAGACAAGAAAGUGAAGCAAAUCCCUUGCCACAGCAUGAACUGAUAAUACCUCAAUGGAGAAUAGAGAGCCCAGGAAGAGAGAAGCAUCCCCUCAAAGCUGAACUCAGGAUAAUCGCAGAAGGAAAAGACCUCAUCUUGGAUCUGGAGAAGAAUGAGUACCUCUUUGCCCCCGGCUUCACAGAAACCCAGUAUACACCAAAUGGGAGCCAUCAAGUCACACCACUGAAAGCUGAGGAUAACUGUUUUUACCAUGGGAAAGUGAGAAGGGAGGAACAAUCCAGUGUUACGCUCAGCACCUGCAGAGGCAUCAGAGGCCUGAUUGUGGUGAGGAGCAAUCUAACUUAUCUCAUCGAACCCCUUACUGAUGGGCAGGAACAGCAUCUUAUUUACAGAGCAGAGCAUCUCAAGUUACCUACUGGAAGUUGUGGUUAUGAGCAUUCCCACCCCAAUGCCAUGGACUGGGUUGUUCAGUUCACAAAUCAAGCCAGUAAGCACCAACAUAGGGUCAGGAGGGAAGAUUUACAGUCUACAAAGUAUGUAGAGCUAUACCUAGUAGCAGAUUAUGCAGAGUUUCAGAAGAACCGUCGAGACCAGGUUGCUACCAAACACAAACUCAUGGAAAUCGCUAAUUAUGUUGAUAAGUUUUAUCGCUCCCUGAACAUCCGCAUUGCUCUUGUGGGCUUGGAAGUCUGGACUCAUGGAAACAUGUGUGAAGUCUCCCAGAAUCCCUAUUCUACUCUUUGGUCCUUUCUCAGCUGGCGGCGCAAGCUCCUUGCACAGAAGAACCAUGACAAUGCCCAGUUGAUCACGGGCAUGUCUUUCCAUGGCACUACAAUUGGCCUGGCCCCACUGAUGGCCAUGUGCUCUGUGUACCAGUCUGGAGGAGUCAACAUGGAUCAUUCAGAGAAUGCCAUUGGGGUGGCAGCCACCAUGGCCCAUGAGAUGGGCCACAACUUUGGAAUGAGCCAUGACUCUGCAGACUGCUGCUCAGCAAGUGCUGCAGAUGGUGGAUGCAUCAUGGCAGCAGCCACUGGGCACCCCUUUCCCAAGGUGUUCAACCGAUGCAACAGGAAGGAGCUGGACAGGUACCUGCAAUCAGGAGGUGGAAUGUGUCUUUCCAACAUGCCAGAUAUCAGGACAUUGUAUGGGGGCCAGAGGUGUGGAAAUGGGUAUCUGGAAGAUGGAGAAGAGUGUGACUGUGGUGAGGAGGAGGAAUGCCACAAUCCCUGCUGCAAUGCUUCUAAUUGUACUCUGAAACCAGGGGCAGAGUGUGCCCAUGGCUCCUGCUGCCACCAGUGCAAGCUGCUACCUCCAGGCACUCUGUGCCGUGAGCAGUCCCGGCAGUGUGACCUUCCGGAGUUCUGCACUGGAAAGUCACCUCAUUGUCCCACCAACUUCUAUCAGAUGGAUGGCACCCCGUGUGAAGGCGGGCAGGCUUACUGUUACAACGGCAUGUGCCUUACCUAUCAGGAGCAGUGCCAACAGCUCUGGGGGCCUGGAGCUCGCCCUGCCCCCGACCUCUGCUUUGAGAAGGUGAACGUAGCAGGAGACCCUUUUGGGAAUUGUGGGAAGGACAUGAAUGGAGAACACAAGAAGUGUGCCAUGAGAGAUGCCAAGUGUGGGAAGAUCCAGUGCCAGAGUUCAGAGGCCAGGCCCCUGGAGUCCAAUGCAGUGCCUAUUGAUACCACCAUCACCAUAAAUGGGAAGAAAAUCCACUGCCGGGGCACCCAUGUGUACCGAGCUCCAGAAGAAGAGGGGGACAUGUUGGAUCCGGGGCUAGUGAUGACAGGAACCAAGUGUGGCUAUAACCAUAUUUGCUUCGAAGGACAAUGCAGGAACACCUCCUUUUUUGAAACUGAAGGUUGUGGGAAGAAAUGCAAUGGCCAUGGGGUCUGUAACAAUAAACAGAAUUGUCAUUGCUUCCAAGGGUGGGCUCCACCUUUCUGCAACACUGUGGGCCAUGGAGGCAGCAUUGACAGUGGGCCCAUGCCCCCCCAGAGUGUUGGCCCUGUGGUAGCUGGAGUGUUGUCCGCCAUCUUGUUAUUGGGUAUCAUCCUACUAGUGCUCUAUUGCUACAAAAGGCGCAAACUGGGCCCACUAAAGCCCUCUGCUCUCCCUUCCAAGUGGAGACAACAGUUCAGUUGCCCCUUCAAGGUGACUCAGAAUGGUGGGACUGGCCAUGCCAACCCAACUUUCAAGUUACAGACACCUCAGGGAAAAAGAAAAGUUAACAACACACCUGAAGUUCCACGCAAGCCAUUACAACCUCCCCCCAGACCACCUCCAGACUAUAUGCAUGGGGGCUCCCCACCUCCCCCUCUCUUGGUACACCUCAGCAGGGACAUCAGGAACUCCCCAGGAGCCAUGCCCCAAGUGGAAAAAGAGGACUCUAUGAGAAGGCCCCCCCCAAGCCGGCCUGUGCCUCCUGCUCCUAAUUAUAGUGCUACGCAGAAUGUCUCCAGACCGCAUCCACCACAGAAAGCUCUGCCAGCCAAUCCUGUGCCAGGGCGCAAGACACUUCCAAAGAAUGGGAGCUCCUCUGCCCUGCUACCACCUGUUCCUGCGAGCAGCCCCCGCCACCUCCAACCACUGGUGGCUCCGGCUCCUAAGUUCCCAGAUUUCAGAGCCCAGAGGGCUAGAGGAGUAACUAGCUCAAAAAUCUAAUUCCAACACUUUACUUGAGGAGUCCCAGCCAGAGUUCCCUUUUUUCUGUGAAGACCUUGGAUAUCACAAAAGAUGUCAUAGUCUUGUAAUCAGACAGAACCAUAGUUACUUGUCAUCUUACUUAACUUACCUCCUUCCCCCACCUUCAACCUCAUCACCUCCAAUUCUUGGAUCCUUUGACCCAGAUUCACUUGGAAAGCCCUGAGUGACUUAUUUCUACAAAAUUUAAGUGUUCUUUUGUGCAAUAUAUGAUUUGGGGGAGAGAGGAGGACUGGACCCUAGGACGAAGAUGACCAUUGACUUCAGAAUGGACUGUCAACCACCCAGCAUAUUUGCAGAGCAUAUCUUACCUUCCAAUAGUCAUCUGAACUCUUGAAGACCAGAAUUGAAGGAGAAAUCAGGUUAAUGAGGAUGUCACAUCUAUUUCCUAUGACAUCUCAUAUCAAGACCCAACCUGGAAAACCCAUUCUGGGACUUGUGGAUUGCGGUGGAUCCAGCCACCAUCUCUUUCAUGGCUUCCCAAAGAAGUUGGAAAAAGUGGUCCAGCUCCAGAGAACCCUGGGACCCAGAGAAGAACCCAAUCAAGGUGCUCCAGGUCAUUGGAGCCAUCUUGGUUGGGCUGCUUUGUGUUUAUUUUUUGUUUUGUUUGUAAUGGAUAUCCUGUGGAGGUCUGAGCUUUCUCCUUCCCUACUCCCCUUUCCCCUUCUCCUUUAUUCACACGGGUCAUUUUUGACUCAGAUAGGUACUACAGCCAGAUGAACCACUCCAUCUACAAUAAUGUAGACAGCAGGGGGGAGCGCCAUGUUUGUGCCUCCUCUGAGCCAUAAUGGUAAUGCCAAAGGUCAUGAGUACCAAUAGAGUGGGCUUCUCCUCCUUGGUGCAUAUCAGGUACAUUCCAUUCUAGCAUUAGCUGCCCUGCAGGUCCAUUGUGUGAUCCCUCUCCCCCACCCUCCACCUCACUCUUGCCCAGGCCCUCGACUCUAAUGAUGUGUGGUGCUUUGUUGAAUGGACAAUAUCAAACCCUGCCUUCCAGGGCUGUGAUAUGUAUAGCUAUCCUCAGGGCUUAUUAGUAAUUCCCUAAAAUUCCAGAGAGCGUCUUGCUUAUAACACUGUGUUUAUCUUUGUGUUUUGGGCUUCCUGGUAUUGGAUCUCAGGACUUCUGACUAGAGUAGGAUGAGCAAAGUGGAAACAUUAAUGAUACUCCCUUUAUCCCCUGCACAGUUUAGUUUAAAUUUUGUUUUGUGAAAUCGGGGGUAAAGGAAGACAUUUCAAUUUCCAGUGUGAAUCUAAGCAAUUGCCAUGUGACAUGGGUUAACUCUACCUACCUGGUCAGACAUAUUCUACCUAAUGUUCAACCCUCUCUAGUCAAAUAUUCUAGAAAAGAGACAUCCCUUGAAUUCCCCAGCUCUGAAAAAUGUUCUCCCUAGCAAAAGACCCAGAAGAGUAUCCAGAUCACAAGUCCAUUUGGAAUGUUUGUGCAGCAUUCUCCCUGCCAGCCAACUCACAGCCCUUUUAAAAACAAUCUAUCAUAAAUGACCCAGCUCCUCAUAGAUCUGUGGAACUAUUCCAAAAAAGAUUAUUUAUAAUCUUGAGAGGAUACAAUGGAAAAAAGGGCUUCAUUAGCCAUUUGUACACUGGCAGAAAUUCCAGUGGUUAAGCCAGAUGUUUUUCCUAGCCUUCUCACAGCUUCUCUCCUAAUCCCUAAUUAUAGAAGAUGGACAGCUGAGAUGUCUAGCUGGUGGGAGAAGGGCAACCAUUUAAUCCUAAAAUCAUUUCUCCUUGGAAAAAAACGUGGAAAGGAAAUCAAAUCAAUGAUUUGCUUUUUCAAAGACCCCUUUCUCCUUCCUACUUUCUAUUCCUGUAAAGGGGCACUGAGACCUGGAAAUAGGUGAAUUUUCUCUGGAUCUCUGUCUCAUGUAUUGUUUCUGCCUCUAUUCUCUAAAAGCAGGUCAAGCUGAUAGAAUCUCAGGCUUGCAAAAAGUCUUAGAGACCACUCUUCUACCCUGAUUCCCAUUUCCACUUCCCUGUCUAAGAAGUACUGCUCAGGAUUUAGGCCCAAGAAAAUCCCAGGGAAUAUAAACUUCAGAGACCAACUGGAAAGGUACUCCUAGUCCCUUUGGAAGUUGUAGGCUGAAACUUUACAAAAACAAAACCUUCCAAAGUAAACUUUCAGUGUGUGUGUGUAUUUGUGUGUGUGUGUGUGUG